AUGAAAAGAAUAUUCUCGGGGGCCAUGUCGCCAGAUUUCCCGGCUCCUCCAAAGUUCUUCCAACGGGAUGCUUCCGCGUCGGAUCCUACUAGUCCCAAGAGUCUUCGGUCGAGGUCGUCUUCGAUCUCGAAAAUCCUUGGUGGAGACAGCUCGCCCAAGGUACCUCCGGUAUUACCUCAGGAGAUGUCUGUUACGGGCAGCGUUUCGCCAGAACUAAUCCCGAUAGUGACUCUGCUGUCUGCUCACGCGCACCGGAGAUAUCACGAGGGAGUGUUCUUGAUCUUGCAAGAUCUAAAGGGUGACGGGACAGCUGCAGCCAGGAAAUGGCAGGAAGUCUACGGGGUGCUGAUUGGCACGCAAUUGGCGUUGUGGGAUGCGAAGGAGUUGGCAGAAUGCGAGUCUGGUAAUAACAAUCCGCGGUUAAAGGAUGUGGCUAGGAAGCCGCAGUACAUUAACUUCACAGAUGCAACCCUGAGACCGCUAGAUGGAUCUGAUGUCAUUGUCACAGAGAGUAAAAAAAGCCUACAGAACGCUCUGGUGGUCUCGACCACCUUGAAGAACAGAUACUUUCUUCAAUUCAGCGACAAAGAAUCAUUCAAUCGCUGGCAUGCAGCUAUCAGGCUGAGUCUGUUCGAGGAAACAGCCCUACAGGAAGCGUACACGGGGGCUUUUCUUUCGAGCCGAGGUGCAAAACUGGGCGACAUAAAGAUAAUUCUCAGUGACUCAAAAUUCGAUUAUGAAGAUUGGGUUAGUGUCAGAUUCGGAGCUGGCAUGCCGUGGAAACGUUGUUUUGCUGUGAUAUCGCAGAGUACAAGCAAGAAGCAUCCUUUUGGAAAGAUCAGUUUUUAUGAGAGCGACAAAAAGACGAAGAAAACGAACGUAAUGGCCACUGUGACAUCAUCUGUGGCACUGUAUGCCGUUUAUCCUUCUUCACCACUGUUGAUAGAUACUUCAACCAUCAUCAAACUAGAAGGUAGCAUAGUUUUCAACAAAAAAGAGGAGCCUCAAGAUUCAAGCAUAUUCAUAAUGCCAGAAAAACAUCAUGCCGUUCCCGGUUACGACACAAUUAUUAGAUUUCUGGUUCCUGCUAUGAACGCUUUUAAACUUUAUGGAAGACCUAAAAAGCUGAUUGCAAAUAAGGAUGAUCAAAACUCGUUACUAUUUGCCCUGCCCACGCUACCACACGUUCACUAUUUGAAAGCUGAUGAGCUGUUACCCUUGACUAACUCAGUUUCGAGUUUGCAAUGGACCGCACAUGAAUGGAGGGAUCAUAUCAGGGAUAUCUUACAGAAGAAGUUAUCGCAUGGUUAUACUGGCUGUGGAUCAAGCUCAGGAUUAACUGGUGCAUUAGCAUCUCCCGUAAUAGCUUCAGCUGAACUGUUUGACGGCACAGGAGGCGCUGCAUCUUCAUCAUUUUUAUCUCUUCAAAAGCCUUUGCAGGGGAGUAGCAUAUCCUCGAGGAGUGAGAGCGUAUCGACAUUCACGUCCAAGUCUGCGUCACCCAGAAAAUCAAAACAUCUCCCUACGCCUUCAAAUCUAAAUAAGGGAUCAAGCGACUCUGUAUCUGCUACUAGCAGUUCUAGUGUAAAGGCAACUGACAAGUCUCUGACAUCGCAAAGUUCCGAAUUAAACAUAAGCCAAGACAAUAAUGUGAUCCCACAGCUGAAGGUUGAUAUCCCUGAUUCUAAUUUCAGCCGAUUGGGAGGCGACCACGCCAUGAAAAACAGGACGAAUCCAGUCGAAAAGUUUUCGCAUGCUUCCGAUCUAUCAGCCAUUUAUGAUAAAUAUUCCGUUUCACCAUUUGGGGAGAGUUUGACUGAAAGCCCAGUUGCGCAAACAAUAAACAUCGAGGACCGCAGUCCUUAUGAGCAAUAUGUCGGCUCAACCGGAGGUAGAACGCUCGAAAUAUCUAACAUAAGGGACUCGAAUAGUACUGCUGGUACAGAUGCUCGUAACUCAAGUGGAAACUACCAUCUUGGGAAAAGAGAAGGCCUCGAAGAAACAAAAGACUCUGAAGAGUUAUCCAAUUUCGCUCGAAGGGUAAGUGAGAUGAAAAUUGAGAAUGACAUGCCAUUGCGGAAGCCUGCUGCCGAAGCGACCAUAUCACCAAUCGACAUUGAUCUUAAUUUCAAUGUCCCACAUCACCACAGCCCUGGGAACGAGGGAUCAGAGGAUGACAACGUGUUUGAUCCAGAUUUUAUGGAGCAAAAUCAGAUGUUAGAGAGCGAGAGCAUAUACACGUCGGCUGAUGGUAAGGCCGGCGAGUUUGAAGCUUAUCGGAACGAUCGUAACGAGCCAUAUGAACCGAAACCGAACCAGGCCGCACAGCCAACUCAGGCACCAGCAAUCGACCUACAGCAGACUGAUCACCGUCUCCCUCAUUCUGGUCCAGUAAGAAAUUUUCAGCAGUAUAGAGGACCGUCUGCUAGUCCAGAUCCUUCAAAUGGCUAUAAAAACAACCAUAGACAAGCGCCUCCACAGCAGACUGACAUAAACAGGCAAAAUCUAUAUCAAAGGCAGGCGUAUCCCGACUCUCCCCACAGGGCGCUUGUUCAAAGAGGCAACUCUCCACAGUAUAGUAACUUCCCCAACCCGGGUUUGAAGAACAGUUCAUCGCGUCCGCUACCGCCCCAAAUCUCCAACAAGGCUUCACCGCAGAUGCAGUCACACCCGCGCCCAUAUGUCCCAAUGCACCCUCAAAGCUCACAACAGUAUCCAACCCAUGGCGGACAAUACAGCAAGUCCCAAAAUGGUCCUCCACCUCAAAAUAUGAAUAGAAUGGGUGCUUCGGCGCCCAUGAAUCCCAAUGGCGGCAGAGUGGGUCCCUAUCUUCAACAAGCGGGGCCGGUAUCUCACCACAAGCCUCGUCCAGCACCCAAUGGUGGAUUUUCCCAGUUCAUGCCCAGCACAAGCACCAACCCGUAUGCGCGGUAG